UGAAGAGAUGCUAAUGCUUCAAAAUUUCUCCCCAUUUGGUGUCUGAGACUGAGAGACAGAAAUCAGUGAUGGCUUAUGCGGCUUUGAUUUCUCUGGAGCAUACACUUUCGCUCUCUGAUAAUGAUAUUCUUAACCAGAUUGAUGAUAAGCUCUUGUUGCAUCUUAUUUACGACAUUCGCAACUUACAAAAAAUUCUCAGAAGGAAUCUUUUUGGUUCGGAGGAGCGGCAAAUCACAGAGGCUGUACGUCGAUUAGAGGACGCAUUUGAAUCCCAUGUACAAUCUGAAAUCAUGGAUGGAGAUGAUGAUGAGAUGAGUUAUCCAUCAACACAAUCUCAAGACUUGGCCUUGGAAGUGAUUGUGGAAGAGAUUAAUCUAUUUAUCAAAACAGUGAAGGAGAUGAAGAAGCAACUACACAACUCAUCACUGUCUGAAGAAGACAAUGAUGCAGCUCAUGUUUCGUCGGGAGUCGAUCAUCAUCUGGAUGAGAAGAAGUCAACCAUCUUUGGAUUAGAUGAUGAUAUUAUUUCUCUCAAAGAUAUGCUUACAGGAAAUAUGUCCGGACUCCUACUUGUCCCAAUAUUUGGGAUGGCGGGUAUUGGCAAGACCACUCUUGCCAAACAAGUUUAUGGAGAUCCAGAUAUAGUAAGCCAUUUCGAAUGUCGUGUGUUUGUCCCAAUAGGCCCAAAAUACCGGUUGAGACAAAUCCUGGUUCGUAUUCUAGCUCAGAUAUUACAUCCUGGGACCGAUACAACACAUGAAGAAAGUAAAGAGGAAUUACUUGUUCAUCUGCACAAUUGUUUGAAGAGUAAGAGAUACCUAAUUGUGUUGGAUGAUAUAUGGGAUGAGGAAGUGUGGGAUAUGUUGAACGAUUAUUUACCGGACGAUAAAGUGGGAAGUCGAAUCAUUCUAACAAGUAGGAUAGAAGGUGUAGCUCUUAGUAUCAGCUCAGAAUCCGGAAAAAUUUUCCACAAAAUGCGGUUCCUAAAUCAAGAAGAAAGUUGGCAUCUUCUUUGUGCCAACGUGUUCGGAGAAGAGAAUUUAUGCCCUCCUCAACUCGAGAAAGCUGGGAGGAAGAUUGCCGAGAAGUGCCAAGGACUUCCGCUUACUAUCAUUGCAAUCGCUAACCACCUAUCUCAAACUGAGAAGAAUCUCGAGUAUUGGCAGCAAGUAGCUAAUGAAGUGCAUAUUGUUAUUGGUGCAGAUAAACAUGUGUCGGAGGUACUGUCUUCGAGCUACUACUACUUACCUCAACAUUUAAAACCAUGCUUUGUCUAUAUGGCAGUUUUUCCGCAUGAUUAUGACAUCUCUGCCACCAAGCUCAUGAAAUUGUGGCACGCCGAGGGAUUUCUUGAAUCGUGGUGGGCUGAUGAAGACUUAGAAUAUUCUGAGUCCGAAGAUUCUGAUACGGACCCUGAGUCUAAAGAUCUUGCCAUGUCUCAAGCGCUAGAAAAUCUUGCUGCAACGGACCCUGUUUCUGAAGAUGAAGAUCAUGCUAUGGACCCUAUGUCAGAUAUUGCCAUGAUAUUUCUAAAGGACCUUGUUUCCAGAAAUGUUGUUCAGGUUCGCGAGCGCAGCUCCUCUGGUGGAAUUAAAACGUGCAACGUAUAUUCUGCCUUUUGGCAUAUAUGUAUUAGAGAAGGCUGGGAGGACAAGUUUUUUUAUGUCAUAAAUAGUUAUGCCAAUCAAGAUAUAGAAAGCCAGCGCCGGAUCUGCAUCCACAACAACACUUUAUUUGGCAUCAAAGAUGUCCGCAAGUCAAUGCAAGCCACAAAAAAUGCACAUUCACUCCUUUGUACCGGGCCGCACCAUCAAUAUCCAGUGCCAAUAUACCUAUCUUUUGGUUUGCUAAAGGUAUUGGAUGCACUUACAGUCCGCUUCUUAAAACUAGUUCGGUUAAGAGUCUUCAAUACUUGA